UUCGACAGUCCCGGCGAAAGAUCAGGGAUUUUUUUAUUGUUGCGGUGAUUAUCUAUUGGGAAGAAGUGAAAAUAUGGGUCCCGUUGAGCUACUUCACAUGUCCGUGUUCUCCCAGAGUUUCUCACCCUGCGGUCGUUUUUUGGCUGCGGGGAACAACUAUGGUGAGAUCGCUGUAUUCAGUCUGUCCUCUGCGCUCAGUCCAGAAGCCACAGAGAUCAGUCAAAAACCGAUCCUAACCUUCACGGCGCAUGAGGGUCCUGUCUUCUCGCUCCUCUCCACGGACACACACCUCUUGAGUGCUGGAAAUGGGGAGGUCAGCGCCUGGAGCUGGGCAGAGCUAACUAAGAGAAACCCUAAAGCUGUAUGGACAAGAAGACCACAUUACAAAUCAAGUCUUGAGAUCCCAGAGAUCAAUGCUAUGGUCAUUAACCCUAAAGAUAACAGUUUGGCAGUUGGUGGAGGAGACAACAACAUUCACAUCAUGGAUCUUGAGAGUGGACUCUUCAAGUCAGUGUUACAGGGUCACAAUGACUACAUCCACUGUCUGAGCAUCAGAGAGAGAGAGGGGGAGCUUCUCUCUGGGGGAGAGGAUGGAGCUGUGAGGAUAUGGGAUUCCAGGACAGGGCAAACUGUGCACUGUAUAGAGGUGUACAAGUACGAGGACUGUGCUCGACCCCAGUAUGGGAAGUGGAUCAGCUGCCUUACAACUGAUUCUGAGUGGAUGCUUUGUGGAGGGGGGCCCUCCCUUUCUCUCUGGCAUCUUCGCUCCCUCUCGCCCACUUCCGUCUUCCCACUUUCAGGCUGUCAACGACAAGCAACUUUCUAUCAGGACCUGAUCUUGUCAGUGGGGGAGGGGCAGUUUGUGGCUCAUUGCCUCCUGGGUGGAGAGGUGAAGUCAUUGAUUCCGUGCACUCCCCCAUCACUCAAUACACUGGCGCUGAAUACCAACAGUACUGAGCACAGGGUCCUGACAGUGGGGGGUAGCAGCGGCCAGAUAGAUGUCUUCACCAACCUGUCCUACAGGGCAUUUUCUCUUUCUUUCUGAUGAAUAUGCACAACAAAACUGUUAUGUACACACCUCAUCUUCACACUGUGCUCAGUAGUGGUAUGCACACAUUGUCCCAGACACAGAGACUAAUAAUUUUGAAAAGAUACCUGA